AUGGACGUUCUGGGCCGGAAUCCUUCCAAGCUUCCCUGUGGCAAAGCCCUCUACAGUUACGAGGGGAAGGAGCCUGGUGACCUCAAGUUCAACAAGGGGGACGUCAUCAUCCUGAGGCGCAGGGUGGACGAGCACUGGUUCCACGGGGAGCUGCGCGGCACCCACGGCUUCCUGCCCGCCAGCUAUGUGCAGUGUCUCCGGCCCCUGCCACCCACCCCUCCCCAGGGCAAAGCCCUGUAUGACUUUGAGAUGAAGGACCGAGACCAGGACCAGGACUGCCUGACCUUCACCAAGGAUGAAAUCCUGACUGUGAUCAGAAGAGUGGAUGACAACUGGGCAGAAGGAAUGCUGGGAGACAAGAUUGGAAUUUUCCCCCUCCUGUACGUGGAGCUCAACGACUCAGCCAAGCAGCUUAUUGCAAUGGACAAGUUCUGCCCAGCUGCUGUGUCUGGCUGCCAUGCCUCGUUGCCCUCUGACCCCGGCGCAGUGGCCAGUGUGGCCCCAGGUCUCACUUUAAGCAGCACAGGGGCAGUCAGUGCCUUUCAGCAGCGUGUGGACGGCAAGAAGAAUGCCAAGAAACGCCACUCCUUCACCGCGGUCAGCCUGACACACAGGUCCUCACAGGCUGCCAGCCAUAGGCAUUCCGUGGAAAUCAGUGCUCCAGUGCUGAUCAGCUCCAGCGACCCCCGGGCCACGGCCAGGAUCCGGGACCUGGCGCAUGUGUCCUGCAGUGCUCCCACCCAGGACUCCUCCUCUGCCGGAUCCAGCCCAGCGGCUGACCCGCAGGACAUGGCUCCCAAAGGGCAGCUGCCUCUCAAUGUGUACCUGGCACUCUACACCUACAAGCCCCAGAAGAGUGACGAGCUGGAGCUGCGCAAGGGCGAGAUGUACUGCGUCCUGGAGAAGUGUCAGGACGGCUGGUUCAAGGGCACGUCCCUGAGGUCUGGGCUCUCUGGGGUGUUCCCAGGAAACUAUGUGACUCCUGCUUCCAGGGCUCCCUUAGGAGGGGCUGGGCCACCUGGGAAUAAUGUGGUUGGAGGGUCUCCACUGGCCAAAGGGAUGGCCACAAGCAUCCACCCAGGCGGUGGGAGCCUGAGCAGCCCUGCCACCGCCGCGAGAGCAGCCCUCCCCCUCGCCACACCCCAGGCCCAGCACCAGGCAGCCUCUCCCCCCGUGGGCAGUUGUCUGUGGCACUCAGCUCCCCCAGCGGCUAGCCAGGCCCGGAGCACUGUCCCCACAGCUGCCCUCUCCUCUGCUCAGGCUCAGGACCAACCAACCACCAUGGUGUCGCCCCUGUGCACCCAGAACUCCCCGUCCCGUCUGCCCACUGCCAGCCUCAGGCCCCACUCCAUGGUGUCCCUGCAGCACCUCCACCAGCCCCCAGUGCAGACCAUCACUGGUGCCCAGUGCCCCUGGCCAGCCAUCCCUCUCACGUCAGCGGCAUCGGCCGUCACACCUCCCAAUGUCACUGCUGCCAACCUCAACGGGGAGGCCGGAGUGGGGACCGUCAGUGGCCUGUCUACAUCCAGCCCCACCAACGUGGGAGUGUCAAUGGCAGCAUUUUCCACACUCCAUGUACUCUGCACCUGCACUGCUGGGGAGGCCAAGAAAGAGAAGAAGAGUGGGCUGCUGAAACUUCUAGCCGGGGCAUCCACCAAGAAGAAGAAUCGCUCCCCACCGUCCAUCUCUCCCACCCAUGACCCCCAUGUGGCAGUGGACGCCUCGCUCCAGGGUGCAGUGGGGCUCGAAGUGUCCUCAUUGUCCCUCCAUGGCCGGGCAGGGUCCUGCCCCAUAGAGAGCAAGAUUCAGGGGGCGAUGGGAAUGGAGCCACUGCACAGAAAGACGGGCUCCUUGGACCUGAACUUCUCCUCAUCCCCUUCCAGGAAAGCCCCUUUCUCCAUGGCUGCCGCCCGCCCUGAGCCCAAGCCAUUUCCCAGAGAGAGGUACCGUGUCGUGGUCUCGUACCCGCCCCAGAGCGAGGCAGAGAUAGAGCUGAAGGAGGGAGACAUUGUCUUUGUGCACAAGAAGCGUGAGGACGGCUGGUACAAGGGGACCCUGCAGAGGAACGGCCGCACGGGCCUCUUCCCGGGCAGCUUCGUCGAGAGCUUCUGAGGACAAACUCUCCACACGCCACUCACCGGGGAGAAGGCCUUCCGGGAAGCCCAAGGCGCCAGAAGAGGGCCACCACUCCCCAGGCCUCAGGUCCCUUCCAAGGCCCCUGCAGGGUGUGGGGGCCGUGCCUUCACCCACAACCCCCAACCGAGAGCACAUCUUGGGGUUGUUCUUGGAUGAGAUGCCUGCCACCCCGUGUGAACCGUAGAGAAGUGAGUUGGGAGGAGGAAGAUGCUGCCUGGGUGGCUCCUCGAGGUGGCUCCCCGAGGUGGCUCCCCCAGGUGGCUCACUGUGCAGGGCUGCGUGGCGCAGAAUGUCUUCAUGGGCUGUCUGGGCUGCAGGUGGGGUCCAAAUUGCUUCAUUGCCUCUCUUUAUACCUCAGUCGCCUGCCACCUGCCCAGCCCCUGGGAAAGCCUGGCUGUGCAGCCUGUGGGACUCCCACAGCUCCCAUGGCUGGUCCCCAUCAGCAUUGGGAACAACACUUCUGUUGGCCACUGUCCCUUUGCAUUGCUUCUUUCUCACAUCUUUUUAAUGUAAAGCUAUUAGACUUUAUAUAUUUCUAAUCGGUCAUACAUUGCCUAUUUUUCAUACAUCUGGUGCUGCCUUUUUGUAAUGACUUGGUUGAGUUUGAAAGAAAAAAAUGUCCGAGGAAACAUCAAAUGGGCAGAAUUUUUAUAUUUACUAUAUGAACUUUGGAGAAAUCCAGAAAUCCCACAUCUCAACACCACAAUGCCCUGCACCAUGGGAUAAGAGGGAAUCCAUUUAGGGGAUUCAAGGUAGUUUGGAAAAAGCCAAUUUCUUUCAACCUUUACCAAAGCCCCAUGCUCUGUCUAGACAGUAUAAUUGUUACUCAAGAACAUGCAACUUCAGGGAAAGUGGCUAUAAUCGCCUUUUGUGUGGCAGUGAAAGGGGCAUGAAGGUGGACCCACCCUGAAAAAGCGGAAUUUCCCUCUUACUGCUUUAGCAAGAGUGACAACAAUUCGCUUAUCAAAAUAUGAUUUAUCACUAUUGAAAUGGGCAGUUUUUACCCCAGUUCAGAUGUAAACCUCUACAAUUUACAAGACCUGGUGAAGGUCUUGCCUUUUUACAGUAUAUAAUUGCUCCCUUGUCGGGCAGUGUGAACCUGGGUGUAAAGACUGGAGGUCCAUGGGAUAGCAGGAGUGAGUCCUCUGCAGAUGGGGGGCUGG